UGAAUUGGACCUUCACUUAAGAUGGCAAUCAAAGUGGGUAGUGUGCAGGCAGAGGAGAUUUAAAAAAAUGUUGUUUGGACUGCAGCUAUACUGUCUUUGUUAAAAUGGUGGAAGCCCUCACUGGCAUUGCCCCUGCUACGAUAGUCUUCUGGCCACUAGAGGCCUCUAUCAUUCUCUAUGGUGACAGCCCAAACAAUCGAUCACCGAGCAUAUAAUCAAGAUGGCAGGUCUGUCUUUAUAUUUUGAAGAUAGCCAUGAUGAUUUGGAUGACUUCGGGUUUGAUGACUACGGAUCAGAGUGCGACGGGAUUCGGAUCACAGCUUUUCUGGAUGCAGGGCAGGACAAUCUCACCCCCCUGGGGAGACUAGAGAAAUACGCUUUCAGCGAAAAUGUCUUCAACAGGCAGAUCGUGGCACGCGGGUUGCUUGAUGUGCUUCGAGAAUUCAGUGACAAUGAGAAUGACUUUAUCAGUGUCAUGGAGACAGUUGCCCGAAUGUCUGAAGAUGGAGAGCCCACAGUGCGCGCUGAGCUGAUGGAGCAGGUGCCCAACAUCGCAAUGUUCCUACACGAGAGCCAGCCCAACUUCCCAGCAGCCUUCUCCAGAUAUCUGGUGCCCAUCGUGGUUCAUUAUCUCACAGACCCCAAUAACCAGGUGAGGAAGACCAGUCAGGCGGCCCUGUUGGUGCUGUUAGAGCAGGGCCUCAUCUGCAAAGGCGACAUGGAGACCAAGGUAUGUCCUGUUCUACUGGACCUCACCGAGCCCAGCAGCGACGACGACUACAAGAUAGAGGCCGUCGCGAUCAUGUGUAAGCUGGUAACCAUGCUGAGCAAAGAGACCGUGGAGCAGCUGUUGGAGCGUUUCUGUGAGCUGUGCAGCGACGCCAGGCUCUUCCAAGUCCGCAAGGUGUGUGCAGCCAAUUUCGGAGAGUUCUGUUCCAUUGUGGGCCGGGAUGCCACAGAGAAACUACUGAUGUCCAAGUUCUUUGACCUGUGCUCUGACAGCCUGUGGGGCAUCCGGAAGGCGUGCGCCGACUGCUUCAUGAUCGUCUCCAACUCCACCUCCCCUGAGGUGCGACGCACUAAACUGUCCCCCCUUUUCAGUAGCCUCAUCAGUGACCAGUCUCGCUGGGUGCGCCAGGCUGCCUUCCAGUCUUUGGGACGCUUCAUCUCCACCUUUGCCAACCCCUCCAGCACGGGCCUCUACUUCAAAGAGGACGGCACGCUGCUGGAGGUCCCCACGUGUCCCUCUGACAGCAAUUCUCCCCUCUGCAUAGAGUCCUCCAACGGCCCCACAGUGAGACCCUCACACACACCCAUUAACCAAGAUGGCCGCUCCACCCCAUCCCUAGAAUCGAUGUCCAGGGGGAACAGUGGCAGCGACUCCACACACACUCCUCCCCAAAACCAACACGAAGGCCAGGCGCUCAACAACAACAACCUUCCUCCCACAAAUAAUAAAAACAAGGAGACGGAACAAACAGACCAGAAUUUUAACUCUUUCCUCUACUGGAGGCCUCCGUUAGUGGAUAUCAGCCAGGAGCUGGAGAUGCUGAAGGACCAGGGUCCUCGGACUCGGACAGAGGGAGAAAAGGAGGAGGAGGAGGUGGUGGUGUCCAGUCUGGAUCCAGCCACCUGCUCUCAGAUCCAGAAGGUAUUGGACUGCCUCCAGUCCCACAUGGACGACCCUGAUGUACAAGCCCAAGUACAGGUGCUCUCAGCCGCCCUAAAGGCUGCCCAGCUGGAGAGCCAGUCUGAGGAGGAGGGCGAGUCAGAGAGCCAGUCUGAGGAGGAGGGCGAGUCAGAGAGCCAGACACCAGAGGGUGGAGAACCAGAUGAGGAGUCCUCCCAGAACAGAGUGACCACAGAGGAGAGACAGACACCUGAGCCACCAACCCAGCAGGCCAAGGACCCAGCACCCACAGAGGAACAGAAAGAGGCAGAAGCUGAGACUGAGAAGGAGCCAGAGCCUUAUGAGUCACCCCCCAACUCGCCUGUCCUAGUACGGGAGGACUCGGACCACAGCAGCGUGGAGCCGGAGCUGAUGGAGAGCCUGGAGGGGAAAGAGGACUCUGCUUUCAACCAGGUGUGUGAGGAGAAGUCCAAGGUCCAGAAUGUGAUUCCCCAGCAGCUGCUGGACCAGUAUCUUUCCAUGACGGACCCGGCGCAGGCCCAGACGGUGGACACUGAGAUCGCCAAGCACUGUGCGUUCAGCCUACCUGGCGUGGCCCUCACCCUGGGCCGACAGAACUGGCACUGCCUAAAGGACACGUACGAGACCCUCGCCACCGAUGUACAGUGGAAAGUGCGCCGGACGCUGGCGUUCUCCAUCCACGAUCUGGCCCUGAUCCUGGGGGACCAGCUGACGGCGGCCGACCUGGUGCCCAUCUUCAACGGCUUCCUUAAGGACCUGGACGAGGUGCGCAUCGGCGUGCUCAAACACCUCUAUGACUUCCUCAAGCUGCUCCAUGCAGAGAACAGGAGAGAGUACCUGUACCAGCUUCAGGAGUUCAUGGUGACGGACAACAGCCGCAACUGGAGGUUUAGAUACCAGCUGGCCGAGCAGCUGAUCUUGAUCAUGGAGUUGUACAGCCACGAUGAUGUGUAUAACUACCUAAGACAAAUAGCACUAACCCUCUGCUCAGACAAAGUGUCAGAGGUCCGGUGGAUCUCUUACCAGCUGGUGGUGGAGAUCUUACAGAAGAUGUAUGCGUGUGGAGCCCACGAGCUGGGCCUGAACUUCAGCAACGAGCUCAUCGCCCGCUUCUGCCACUGUCCAAAAUGGGUGGGCCGCCAGGCCUUUGCCUUCAUCUGCCAGGCCAUCGUGGAGGAGGACUGUAUGCCCAUGGACCAGUUUGCCCAGCACCUCCUCCCCAGUCUCCUCAGCCUGUCGUUGGACCCCGUGGCCAACGUCCGCGUGCUGGUGGCCAAAGCACUGCGGCAGAGUGUCAUGGAGAAAGCGUACUUCAAAGAGCCGGGCAGUGCCUACUUAGAAGAGCUGGAGGAGACGGUGAUGACCCUGCAGGCGGACAAGGACAGAGACGUACGCUUCUUUGCCAGCCUGGACCCCGACAUGGUGCUUAUGGACACUUCUGCUUUAAUCUAGAACGUUCCAGCCUGCUCCAACACACAGCCAAUAACUAUCACCAGCAUCAGACCUGACCAGAACACUCGCCUGCAGGAAAUAAAGGCACUGAUACGUAAACAUA